AUGGCCGGCGACAACCCUUCACCUCACCGGCAUCAUCGACUCUCCAGACUGACUGCAAGGACCGCAAAGCUGCUGCGGCGCACCUCGACCUCCUCCAAGAAUCACCCUUCCACCGCCGACUCCCGCGCUGCGACGCCCGGUGCCGACUCACACCUUGAUUCUCGCCCCCAUUCCUCCUCCCAGCUGCAUCCGGGAAUUCCAGUGCGACCGUCCAGGCUUCGGACAACGCCCUCAACGCGAUUGACCGCUGAAGCGCCGAAAAGAGGAGGGUCACUCCGGCGACUCGAGGAGUUCGAUCCAGCCGGUACACCCAAAGACGGUGGUAUAGCACGCAGUCCAUCUUUGUCCCUUCGAAGACCGGAAUCUCGCUCCACUACCCCCCGUGCUCUUAAUGCGGUCGAUGAGUCCGGUCAAGGUAUAAACGCGCCAUCUUCCUUUCACAUCCCAAAAACCAAGCCGCUGCCAGCUACAAGCCCGCCUCCACGACCUCCACUCGCCGUUCGACGACAGUCUCUAGUCCCCGCUCACCAGCACCGCCUUAUAAACAACCUUUUAGAUCCUGGAACAACUGCAAAUACUGGUGACUACUUUUCUCGCCCGACGCCGGCUAUUCAGCCAGACAUGAUUAGCCGAAAGGUCUGGGUCAAGCGAGGUGGCUCCUCCGCGACGCUGGUCUCUGUGACUGAGGAGGAUUUGGUGGAUGAUCUGCGGGAAGCCAUUUUGAAGAAAUACACAAAUUCCCUUGGUCGCACGUUCGACGCGCCCGAUAUUGUGCUGAAAUUGAUACCACGCGAGCCAUCCAGCCGCCAAAGUAACCCCGAGCGUCUGCUAGGACCGGAAGAGCUAGUUGGACAGGCUUUGGACCAUUAUUAUCCCGGUGGACAGAGCGUCGGAGAAGCGUUAUUGAUUGAAAUCCCCCCGCGUCGCACGCCACGACCCUCUCCGCAUCACAAUGUUCCAUACGGAGUCCACCCGGAAGCCAUACGACCUGGUGAACCCGAUGAGUACUUCCCGCCUAUGCAUUCCAUACAACCUUCCAAUGUCCCUGGUUCGCUAUCAUCCGCAAGCAUACCCAGCACCCAUCAACACUCAAUGUCUGUCAUUAACGGCGUUCCAUUACCGCCUGUUCCUUCGCCGGGCAGUUGUGGCUCCUGGCAUAAUGUUCAGCAUCGACCGCAACUCCCUCGUCAACCUACCUCUUCUCCUACGAUGAACGGUGCGACCCCUGCCACAACAUGGAACCAACCCAUCAAUAGUGUUGCUCCCAUCCCCUCCACCUCCAUCUACCAGCACUCCUUCCGGUUCAAGUCCCCAGAACCCGCAAACGAAAUCCGCACAUACUCCCCCAACUCGCUCCAAAAACUCCGAAAAAUGGGGAAACUUAGCAGCGGCGCUACUGUGGAAUCCAAUAAUAACACUUCCGGUCUUCUCGACGUCAACGCACCGCCCAUCAACGUCCUUAUCGUCGAAGACAACACGAUCAACCUUAAACUUUUAGAAGCCUUUAUGAAACGCCUUAAAGUCCGAUGGCAAACAGCAAUGAAUGGUCGCGAAGCAGUCAAUAAAUGGCGUGGCGGAGGGUUCCAUUUGGUUCUAAUGGACAUCCAACUUCCCGUCAUGAACGGUCUUGAAGCUACUCGAGAAAUCCGUAGAUUAGAGCGGGUGAACAACAUCGGCGUGUUUUCCAAAGGCGUCGCUCCAACAUCGCCCCAUGCCAUGGUCAGUACAAAGGGCAACCAUGUCUUUCCACCACAACCGGAGGACUUGAUUGAUAAGGGAUCAUCCUUCAAGAGCCCUGUCAUUAUUGUGGCACUUACGGCGAGUAGUCUGCAAAGUGACAGGGACGAGGCUCUGGCCGCUGGAUGUAAUGAUUUCUUAACAAAGGGGGGCCAGCGUGCUGAUUCCGAUAUUCAGCCUGUCAAUAUGAUGUGGCUAGAAAAGAAAGUCAAGGAAUGGGGCUGCAUGCAAGCUCUAAUUGAUUUUGAAGCCUGGCUCAAAUGGCGUGGCUACGACUCGUCGCCAUCAGACCCCAUAUCUCGGCAAUCUACAACCAACACCAUCAUCGGUGGCCCCUUAACCAACUCUCCUUCGCUUGCGCCGACAUCAAAGCUUUCUCAGGAGAUUAUUCCUGCCAGACUCGCAACAGAAAACGGAAAGUCAGUGCCAAGCCAAAGAGAAUCGAGCCCAGCCCCGACGUCCAAGAUCCCAGGAGCCAGUAUAUAUAAGAGCGGAAAAGAUUCCUCCGCUAGUUCCGCCUCGACAAUCGUACCGAAAGGGGCUGCUUUACAAACUUCAGCGGGGAAGAAUUCUUCGCAAACUGAAAUUACACCAAUGCAAUCUGCCGGAAAAAGAGGCAAUCGUGCUUCAACGCCGGCAAAGACGUCUUCAUAG